GGAGGCCAAGGGAGCGUUAGGGCAGAUUUGCACUCAGGGCCACCUGAGGGGCUUGGCGGUGGCGCUGAUCUCUGUUCUCCCCUUCGCAGAGACACGGUUGUUGUCUGGGAGUAGGGAACUCUGUGGAGGGGUGGGUUGUCGGGAGGACGUUUCUCUGGCUGGGCUAGAGGCAAGGUGUGGAGGAGCAGGGCUGGGGGUGGGACCGGGUCGCCAGGGAGUCUGAGAGGAAAGGUCCCUGUCCCCCUUCCCGCCCCUCCCGCCGCACAUCUACACUGGCUGACUGGACACUAAGAUGGCUGCCGUUGCCAUGACACCCAACCCUGUGCAGACCCUUCAGGAGGAGGCGGUGUGCGCCAUCUGCCUCGAUUACUUCACAGACCCCGUGUCCAUCGGUUGCGGGCAUAACUUCUGCCGAGUGUGUGUAACCCAGUUGUGGGGCGGGGAGGAUGAGGAGGACAGGGAUGAGUUAGACCGGGGGGGCGGGGAGGAGGAGGAGGAGGAGGAGGACGGAGAGGAGGAGGAAGUAGAGGCUGUGGAGGCUAGCGGGGGAUGGGACACCCCCAUGCGGGAAGAAGACUAUGAGGGUGACAUGGAAGAGGAGGUCGAGGAGGAAGAGGAGGGUGUGUUCUGGACCAGUGGCAUGGGCGGGUCCAGCUGGGACAACAUGGACUACGUGUGGGAGGAGGAGGACGAGGAGGAAGACCUGGACUACUACUUGGGGGACAUGGAGGAGGACCUGAGGGGGGAGGAUGAGGAGGACGAGGAGGAAGUGCUGGAGGAGGACGAGGAAGAGGAGCUAGACCCGGUCACCCCACUGCCCCCACCUCCAGCCCCUCGGAGGUGCUUCACCUGCCCCCAGUGUCGAAAGAGCUUUCCUCGGCGGAGCUUCCGCCCCAACCUGCAGCUGGCCAACAUGGUCCAGGUGAUAAGGCAGAUGCACCCAACCCCUGGUCGAGGGAGCCGUGUGAACGAGCAGGGUAUCUGUCCAAAACACCAAGAAGCCCUAAAGCUCUUCUGCGAGGUGGAUGAAGAAGCCAUCUGUGUGGUGUGCCGAGAAUCCAGGAGCCACAAACAGCACAGCGUGGUGCCAUUGGAGGAAGUGGUGCAGGAGUACAAGGCCAAACUGCAGGGGCACGUGGAACCACUGAGGAAGCACCUGGAGGCUGUGCAGAAGAUGAAGGCCAAAGAGGAGAGGCGUAUGACAGAGCUGAAGAGCCAGAUGAAGUCAGAGCUGGCAGCUGUGGCCUCAGAGUUUGGGCGGCUGACACGGUUUCUGGCUGAAGAGCAGGCAGGGCUGGAGCGGCGCCUCCGAGAGAUGCAUGAAGCCCAGCUGGGGCGUGCAGGUGCAGCAGCCAGCCGCCUGGCAGAGCAGGCCACCCAACUGAGCCGCCUGCUGGCUGAAGCCCAAGAGCGGAGCCAGCAAGGGGGCCUGCGGCUACUCCAGGACAUCAAGGAGACUUUCAAUAGGUGUGAAGAAGUACAGCUGCAGCCCCCAGAGGUCUGGUCCCCUGACCCAUGCCAACCCCAUAGCCAUGACUUCCUGACAGAUGCCAUCGUGAGAAAAAUGAGCCGGAUGUUCUGUCAGGCUGCGAGAGUGGACCUGACGCUGGACCCUGACACGGCUCACCCAGCCCUGAUGCUGUCCCCUGACCGCCGGGGGGUCCGCCUGGCAGAGCGGCGGCAGGAGGUUGCUGACCAUCCCAAGCGCUUCUCAGCCGACUGCUGCGUACUGGGGGCCCAGGGCUUCCGCUCUGGCCGGCACUACUGGGAGGUAGAGGUGGGCGGGCGACGGGGCUGGGCGGUGGGUGCUGCCCGUGAAUCAACCCAUCAUAAGGAAAAGGUGGGCUCCGGGGGGUCCUCUGUGGGCAGCAGUGAUGCUAGCUCCUCCCGCCACCACCAUCGCCGUCGCAGGCUCCACCUGCCCCAACAGCCCCAACAGCCCCUGCUCCAGCGGGAGGUGUGGUGUGUGGGCACCAACGGCAAACGCUACCAAGCGCAGAGCUCAACAGAGCAGACACUACUGAGCCCAAGUGAGAAACCACGGCGCUUUGGCGUGUACCUGGACUAUGAGGCUGGGCGCUUGGGCUUCUACAAUGCAGAGACUCUAGCCCACGUCCACACCUUCUCGGCUGCCUUCUUGGGCGAGCGUGUCUUCCCUUUCUUCCGCGUGCUCUCCAAGGGCACCCGUAUCAAGCUCUGCCCUUGAUCAGCCUACCACCUGCAAGGGCCCCUCUGGUCAGCAGUGGAGGGUUGGGUGGUGGUGGAUGGCCCGUAAGUUUGGGGGCUCAAAGGCCCCCUCCCACUGUUUGUUACUGCGUUGCUUCCCACUCCCCCUUGACCCCAGGCCCCUGCUUCUCCCUCUAGGAGCCUAAAGAACCCUCCUGGCCUCCAGCUCGGCCUUCUGUCAUCUACUAUGUCUGUCCAACAGGUCUGCAUGGGUCCCUGAUAAUGAGAACA